AUCCUCGUCCAGCCACCGCGCAAUGCCGAGGGACGCGCCGCGCCUCCGUACCAGCAGUCGUAUAAAAGACCGCCGUCCCACCAGGCUCGGCACAUUCGAUCAGCUCACAGCAGACCGAACGCACUCAACCAACCAUGUACAAGCUGGUGAUCCUGCCCCUCUUCUUCGCCGCCGUGUCGGCCGGCUACUUGGGAGGCUACGCCGCAGCACCCGCGUACGCCGCGGCCUACGCCGCCCCCGUGGCGGUGGCCCAUGCCGCCCCCGUAGUCGCCGCCGCCCCCGUCGUCAAGGCCGUGGCCCCCAUCGCCACCUCCUACGCUAACACCUACAAGGUCUCCAUCGGCGCUGCCCCUGUGGCCUACGCCGCCCCCGCCGUCAUCAAGGCCCCCGUCGCCUACGCCGCCCCCGCUGUCGUCAAGGCCCCCGUGGCCUACGCCGCCCCCGUGGCCUACGCCGCCCCUGCCGUCGUGAAGGCCCCCGUCGCCUACGCCGCCCCCGUAGCCUACGCUGCCGCCCCCGCUUACCUGAAGACCUACCUGCACUAAGAAGAGAUCGCCAGUAUCACAGCUUGUGUACAUAAUCAUUAACCCUAUUUAAUGAAGUCACCUGCCUCGAUUUUUCAAUAAAAGCAAAACGAAAGAAA